AUGGACCCCGACUACGCCGCCGAACACCACGCACUUGAGAGCCACAGGAACGUGAAGCCCAAGCUGACCCAAGCUCCGCAGUGCACCGCUCAAGCAGCAGCAGCAGCAGACGACUUCAACUACCCCCUUCCUCCCGGUUUCGGACAUAUAUUCCUACGCAAAGACGACUUCGAUAUCGACUCAGCCCCACAGCUCGCAAGGCUGUCGAGGCUGUCCGACAUCCGCCCUACAACCACACCUACACAACCCGCCGCUUUGACCGCCGCAGGAGCACAGCUAGCCAUGUCCGCCAGCAUGUCGAGCAGCUCCACCUCCCUCGCCGAUUCCAACUACGACAUGCUCGAUGAUGCAUCUGAGUUCUCCAACGAUGACCGCGAGACCGCCAGCCUUCCUUCUGAACAGCACGAUGAGAGCGAUGAAGGAGCGAUGACACCGGAAGAUUCAGGGAGCGUGGUUGAUGUGGAAGAAGAGCAUGCGGAUGAUAUUGAUGACUCGGAGCCUACUGCUGUGCCUGAGGGUUCGUUCGAGACGCUGCCGGGUGGGCAGCAGCUGGAAGAGGAGGACAUCAAGGAGAAUGCGUUGCUGGACAGCUACGAGCUGGAGACUCCGCGUCAGUCGGUGAUGCAUCGUGGGGGUGCUCCGCUUCUGUCCGAUUCUUACACGACGACAUCAACGGACACUGAUAGGAUCACCUUCAACGUGCUGUUCGUGUCCAAGCAUGCCUCUUCUGAGGAGACCGAAACAAUGGUAGCACUGUCGAAGAAGCUAGCAGCGUCUCUCUCGACAAGCGCUGCCCCUGCCAAUCAGCUCGAGUUCCAGGUCUUGACGACGCCCCUACCAACUGCGACGAGCAACAAUGCCCCCUCGGUCCUGCUUGUGCGCUUCAGAGAGGUUGAGAUUCUGGUUCAGCACUGCACAAGGGCCGAAGAGCAGGCGACGCCAACAGCUUCGUAUCAUCUUGUCCUCGAGGGCUUGGACAGGAAAAGGUACACCUACGUCUAUGGGACUGGGCAGAAGAUCCCAAACCCCGACCUCGCUGUCAUCCAUCUGGGGACGAGUGAUGCUCCUCACUGGUUCACCAUUGUCAAGAAGGCCAUGGCAUGCGACUACGUUCCUGUGGUGGUCUUGGAAGGGAACAGGCGCGGUUUCGGCCCACGCUCACAGCAAGAGGUAGAGGAGGCUAAGGAGGGAAGCCACCUCUUCCUCAACAACACCAUUGAGGUGGGCGGCAAGACAGUCCAGCGCGAGAUCCGGAAUCUUCUGAAAUCGAAGCUUCCCUUCCGUAAAGAGCUCGAGACAGAGGCUCCCGCAUCGGCGAACACGCAAGGCAUCAAGGCGUUCAAUCCGUUCGCUUACUUCUCUACCACGCCCUGGGAUUUCCGCGCAUUGUUCGGCCUGGUCGCUAUGUUGGCUUUUCUGCAGAUCACCGGCCACUUCUGGCCCGCGCUGAAUGCGCCCCUCUACGCAGAGGAGAGCCUCGAUAGCAGGAGAGACGCUCUGUCGUCCGCGCUCACUCCUAUCGACACUUCUGCCAGCUUCAACAUCUCGCAUCUCCUUCCAUCCUCGGCGGUCCUCCAAGGCAUGUAUGAGGGCUUCACCUCAGAAGCCAGGUCGCAAGGCGCGGCCCCCAACCACAUCAUUAUCUCGUUGCCCAAGCCACUGAACGGCCGGCAUUACCUGCAGCCCUACGACAUCGCGGUGUACAAAGCUGCAGGCCGUGGCAUCGACUUCAACCUGACCCAGCUCAUCGAUGGCGUCUACGACGUUACCGUCGACCCUGUUGAGGCGUACGGGCAAGUCACGGUCAACAUGCUGGUGAAGAAGGCUCCUCUCAACAUCACCACCUCUCACACCUUCGGCAAGCGUCCGAUCCACCGCACCACGACCGCCAUGGCUAAGACGCUCACCAAGGACAUCUCGGUGGCGAGGCAGAGGUUGCAGGGUCUGAAGCAGAAGUUUGGCGUGGAGCUCUCCGCCGGCGCAGCUGCUACAACCAACGUCACGUCCGAGAUAGCUCUCUACGCCGUCCGCGACGUGCAAGCCUACGUCAACACCGCUGCCACCGCUUUCGGCAAAGUCUACAACUCAACCCAGGACAUCAGCACCCGUUUCCGCUCUACUCUCCACCGCUCAUCCCACAACGCUGCGGUAGACGUCCAGACCGGCGUCCAGCAAGCCAAGCACAACGCCCAACUCUCCCUCACCGCCGUCAAAGACCUGAUCAGCUACCCCUUCCCGUCCAAGAAGUCUCUCCACGACGGCCUCGUCGCCAGUCGUACGAAGGCUUUGGGACUGAAGCAGCGUCUCUCCGGUGCGCGUAAGGAGUUCGCUAAGAGCACUUCUGCGGGCAAGGAGUUGUCUCUUCGCCUUCAGAAUCUGUGGUCGCCGACGGAGAAGACGAAGCGCGCUGGUAGUCUGAAGGAGAUCGCACAGUGCGUGGGCAAGGAGGAUUACGUGAAAUGCCGCCGUGAGCAGCGGGUUGCGGAUGCGGCGAAGAAGGCCGUGCAGCUCCACACCGACGCAGGGGUCGGGAAGGCUGUGACGGCUGAUCCCUUGCCUACGGGCAAGAGUUCGGCUACGCCUUCGACAUCGCUUUACUCUUCGAGGACGUCGACGCGGAGCUCGCGCGUCUCGCAAGGGUCUGAGAAGUCCACCGCGAAGCCGAACAAAGCCGCCGCCAAAGCAGAGGCGAAGGCUAAGCGCGAGGAGGAGAAGGCGAGGAAGAAGGCUGCGAGGGAGGCUGCGAAGGCUGCGAAGGCGGAAGCGGCUUUCAGGGCCGAGCGCGAGAGGGCGGUGGAUGCGGGGGAGAAGGAGAUAGAGGCACACGACAGGUUUUGGGCGGAGCUGCAGAGGGAGAGGGAGAGGGAGGCGGCGAUGGAUCGGAGGAUUAGGGAGGAGAGGGCGGCAAAGGCGGCGAUGGCUAAGGCGGAGGCGGGGGAGGAGGUGGAGCAGGGUAAGGGGGAGGGUAGAGAGGGGAAGAAGGCGCGUUAG